UGUAUGGUUUAUGGUAGUGUCACGUGGAAAAUGAAUCAAGCGCAAUCAUCAGCACGCUUUUGGGAGAUCAACUGUGUGUGUACAUACUCUGUGCCUUCCACUGGGCUGACUUAUCGUUAUUAUUACGAUGGUGAAAUCUAGCAAUUUGUCGGUUUGGGCAAAGCGAAGGAAACUCCCUGAUAUGUGUUGGGCAGGAAUGGCACUUUCCUAUUCUUUUUUCCGGUCAAUUUACAUUCACAGCUGAUUGCCUUUCCUUGUAGGCCAUGAGGAGCAACACCCCCCCCAGCCUCACACUUGUAACGAGAAUUCAAAUGCAGCAGCACAUGGUGGUGGCUUUCCAGAUUAACGGUGACUGUAAAUCAAGACAAUUGCUGAAUUGCAGGCAGAGCGAGCAGUCAGUCCCGGGGGUUCAUAAACUUCGGUUGAGAUGGCGUGAAUUCAACCUGAAAGAAAAUCAAGUAACGAUCGCCACUUCCCAAAUGGUUUUGGUUUCAUUGUCCGUCGUGCCGAGAGAGAGAGAUGGGGUAGUACUACACGUAUAAAAGUGUAUACUAAUGUCGAGGGGAUCCGCGCCAAUGGGUUUUCUCCUCUUGUCGGGGAAAUGGGCGGUCGAAAAUGAUUCACUCCCGCGAUAUAAAGUCCCAACUGAGGCAGACAAACUGACGCUCACACAAGCGUGAUGUGUGUAGGCUUGCGCUGGCUUCUUUAUGCAUAUGCAGGCUGGGCAGGAGCAGGGCCAGGCAGCUCCUUUUGAGAAAAAAAAGGAACUUAGAAAGUGAUAUAUAUUCGGCCGUUUCGCUUUGGCACAUCACCAUUCUGCCAUGGCCGACACCAGCCCGCGAGACUUUCACGUCCGCCGUCUAUGACGAAGUGCGCCAGCGAUCGUACAACUCCGAUUGCUAUAGGCCAUAUUUGGUUGACAACGACGAAUGGUUCUUGGACUCUCGGCACGUUUCGAUUUGCCAAGAUAGACAUUGUGGGGCUUCUCCACGCCAAGAAGUCAUUCUAAUUCUUUCCAGUCGAAAAACUCCGAGGCUCGACUUUGCGCCAUCCCGCCCUUGCCCAGCCGAAUAUAAAAAGAAUGACGAGUUGAUUGAGGCAUGGGCCGAGAAGCGGACGCGUCGCACGUAAAUCGCUCUUCCUCCAACAUGACCCGAGGUAAGAAAAAGUGGUAGAAAAAACCAAAAGAAAGAAAAACAAAAAUUGCAGUAAAACAACCGAAAAUAUGGAAGAAGGAUACCAAACUAAAGUAUAAAGGGACUUUUCGACUAGACUCAAGCAGCAGCAGCAGGAAGUAGUUGGAGGCGUCGAAGGUUUCUUUCUCUCAGGGUCUGAUGAUCACCUGGGCCGGGUGUUUUUUUUUUCUUUCCCUAGGUGUUCCGUUCAGCCAGUUCCUCAGCACACCUCCCACUCUCCCCCUCCCCCCCCCCCCUUCUCUUUCUAUCUCUUACCAUCUACUACUAUCCAUUGCUCGCUUUGCCUCGUCUCUUUUAUUUUAAGGGAAUGGUGUAGAAACCUUUUUCAUAGCCUCAGUUACUUACCGGACGCACUCCAGUUCGGAUUGAAAUUUUUUCGUCUCCGCUCUUUUUUUCCUUCGGCUCCUUUUGCAGAAAAAGUGUUCUUCUUGGAUAACUUCACCUACAACUACACGCGAGACGCUGUGACGUAUUGCUGAACAUCCGAGAGCCCACCAAAAAGGUCGUCUGAAUGGGAAGCAUGUUCAAGUGGAAGGUUUCAUCGCUGACGUCGCGUGUUGGCAACGGCAACAGUUCCGGCGGCAAGAAAGCCGAUAAACACCUCAAUAAUAACGCGCCUCCGCCAGCGACGACUCAGCAGCCGCCGCCUCCGCCAUCGACGUCGACCGACAAGAAUAAAACUGGCGAUCCGAGGGAUAAUUGCCCGCCUCCACAGAAAGUCGUCCAGCAACCGCAGCCACAGCAUCCGGCACCUCCGCCGUUCUCACCGAUUCUACCUCGAUCCGCUGAUGGAUUUUCUCCUCGUCAGCAUUCGACAUCGGUUCAACAGCCCCAACAACAACAACAGCAGCAGCAACAACAGCAACCGAAAUCUAUCGGUAGCCAUCAUUAUCGGUCCGUCCCACCGGCCGAACCUCAAUACCAUCAGCAGCGUCACGCAGAUGGAUCGCAAUCGUGGAACGAGUGGACUCAACAAUUGCUGGCGUACACGGCCUGGGUGAAUUCGCAGUUGAGGAAGCGGCCUGAACUGCCGCUGAUUGAAGACAUGGGAAACGACCUGCAAGAUGGUGUCCUUGUCGCCAAGUUGAUUGAAAUCAUCACUGGCAAAGACAUUCGCGGUAUCGACGUGAACGCCAAAACGCAGCAGGUCAAACGAGACAAUUUCGAAAAGAUUCUAACGUUCCUGGCGUCGCAGCGCGUGAGGACGUCUACCGUGACGUCUCGUGACCUGGCCACCGGCAAUCUCAAGUCGCUAAUGAGGUUGAUAUUAUCGCUAGCUUCACACUACAAACCGCAUAGCGUGAAGCAAGGAAGGGACUCGGCUUCGUUCCGAGCCAAUUCCCAGACGACGCCCAACCUUAAUGUGCCGACAAAUCGACGGUUCCCAACAACUGGUUUCGAACCGCAGGAGGUGGAUAUGAAGAUGGUCAACGCUUUGGCCACCCUACGACGCCAAAAUACCAACAGCGGCGCUACCGCUAUCCGGCCCGCUCUAGCCACAUCCUCUUCCGCCGCCGAUUUACUCAUGUCACCUAGUGUACAGCGUCGUUACACGAUGAAUGGAUCGGCGAUCAACCGCGACGUUGCGUCACAACAACUGUCGUCAUUCGGAACGAUAUCGAACGCGCGCUCUUUGGCCAAUUUACAAUCGCAGAACAAUCACGAUGAUAGCAUGAUUGAAUCGCCUCGCAAUCAUGCGGCCAUGGCCACGUCCACGUCCGUCGGCGAUCUGAAUACCAGCGAGGAGGACGCCACGGUUCGGAAACCGAUUUUGAAAAAAGAUUCCAAAUACGGCAGUCGGAGAGAAUUGCCCGCCCUGGGCGUCUCUGGUGUCGUGUCCAAAGGUCGUCCGUCCAUUUUCGAAUUUUGGGAAAAUAUGCUAGGCCCCCAGCCGGACCCGAUGAGCAGUCUGACGCUUGCAGGCGGUGAAAGUAGCGAUGCUAAUGAGAACAAUAGCGGCUCCAGGGCCAGCAUGCGUCGCGUUCUGCCUCCGCUGCCCGGCCAGCCUCAGAGUUUGACCGUCAGCACAACAACUAAUCCUACGACUUGCAGCAGCAGCAGCAACAACAGCAAUGGAUCUGGUGAAUUGCUCGGCAGCCGUGGCGAAGUGGAAGGUUCGUCCAAUCAGCCGAGUCCGACUUGCGUGUCGGGUGAAAUCGAUCCCGGCUAUUGGAGUUCCGUGCGGAGCAACACCAACCACGAGGAGAUGAUGAGCACGACGCCCGUCAAAGCUCACCAUGACCUACUCAUGGACGACCUCAAUCGCACCAAGAAACAACUAGCUGAACUCCAAAACAUGUUGUUGACCAACCAACAAGAGGCCACUAUGACGGAAAGCAAAGGAACUACCACAACUUCAUCAACUGACCCGGAUGCCAUCUCUUGGUUGAGAUCAACGCUGCACAGUGUAGAUCAGAGAUGCACCAACCUCCAGUCGGAUUUGAAAAAAGCCCAACAGGACUGUUUGACUUUGGAUGGCAGUCGUAGAGGACUGGCGGCCUGCUUAGCUAAUCAAGAGGAAGCUUUGAGCGGUUUGCGGCAAGAACUGGUACGAACUACACUUGCCAACCAGACGAUGACCAAUGAAAGGGUUGAAAUGCAGCGAAAACUGGAGGAGAAAGAUCGACAGAUUGCUGAUCUCAGACGUCAGCUCGCUGCUAAAGAUCGUGUCAUGGAAACCCAAAGAGCCGUCCUUGAAGAAGCAUCUCACAAUUUCACCCCGGCUUUGCGAGCUAAGCUGGAUAAGAAUAUUAGCACAAUGGAUGCCAGGAGAAAUCAGUACCGUGAAGAGCUGCAUGUCGCACGCGAGGCUCUUUCCUCUCUUCGCUCAAAUUUCAGAGGAAACGAUCCAAACCAUCAUACUCUAGAUACACUAGAACAGUGCAUGGCUUUCCUACUUGAACGGAUUGCUGGACCCGACACCUUGGAUAUGACAUCUUCUGCCUCACAAUCGACUUUGAUUCAGCGCAAUGACACACUAAAGCGUGGUAACAUGAACGGUUACCACGGCGACCAAUUCACCAAAGUAGUUUACUUCACUGAGCGGACAGUAACGCCAUUCUUAACAGUUAUUCCACGACGACUUGGCGAGAUUUCGCUACGAGAUUUCAAAACAUUAUUCGAUCGCCCUGGUGUUUACAGAUUUCAUUUCAAAGCUCAAGAUGCCGAGUAUGGAUUUGUUAAAGAGGAGAUCGCAGACGACAACAUGAUACUUCCAGGGUUCGAUGGAAAAAUUAUUGCCUGGGUCGAAGAGAUUCAAGUUUAGGCUCUAUUUUACGCCUGUAUAGAACCUUGUGUAUCCAAAAUGUAAAUUCUUCUUGCGCCUUUAAAAUUCAACUUAUAUUCAUUUAAUUAAAAUCCUUUGGGAUACGCAGUAUGUUAUAUAAUUUGACUUAAAAUGCUGAAAUGUAAACAACCCAACCCGUUA